AUGGCAAGUGCUUCUAGCUAUAGACCACCACGGAGGGACAAUAAAGGAUUUCGACCUGGUGUAGAUCAUUUACUCCAAGACAGGGAAGAGAGUUCUAAUAGUGCCAGAUUUUCUUCUUACCAAUUAUGUGGAAGAUCUCAUCCUGGAGAGUGUUUAAAGUUCAAGGGAGUUGGUGUUUGCUAUUGCUGUGGCCAAGAAGGACAUCUGAAAAGGAAUUGCCCAAUUGUAUUCCAGGAGGGUGGCAUGGCAAAGAGGAUAUUUCCUCAGCAGAGUGCUGGUAGUACAAGACAGAAUCAGACUCAGAGAGAUGACUCAGCCAACAGAGCGGGUGCAAAUAGUGUGGUCCAGUCUAAUAUCGCAAGCGGUAUUGGUACGAAAUCAAAAGGAAAUGCUCGUAUUUUGAUUGAUCUUGGAUCUACACAUUUUUUUAUGUCAUUUGCAUUUGCUUUAUAUACGAAUCAAAAGCCAGAACUUUUAGGCAGUUGUUUGGUAGCGAAUACACCAGGAGGAGAAUCACUAUUAGCAAACAAUAUAUAUCGAGAUUGUAGGAUUAAGGUAAAGGAGAACGAGCUCAAGGCAAAUUUAAUACCUCUUGACAUACAUGAUUUCGAUGUUAUCUUGGGUAUGGACUUUUUGGCAACAAAUCGAGCUUCAGUUGAUUGUUUUCGAAAGGAGGUUGUGUUUAGACAGCCAGGACAGCCUGAAAUUAUAUUCAAUGGACAGCGCAGAAUUUUACCAUCUUGUGUGAUAUCUGCUAUUGACGCUAGAAGACUACUCAACAAGGGCUGCCAUGCAUAUUUGGCUCAUGUAAUUGAUAUAGAUGUUAGCAAACUAAAACUUGAAGAUAUCCCAGUGGUCAAGGAUUUUCCUGAUGUAUUUCCAGAAGAAUUACCAGGCUUACCAUCAGACAGAGAUAUGGAGUUCACUAUAGAUCUGAUUCCAGGAACUGCACCUAUUUCACGGGCACCCUAG